AUGCCAUCGCUGUCUCACUCCCAAAGGGUGAUGUUGGACUCAGUGACACACAGCAGCUUCCUGCCCAACACGUCCUUCUGCGACCCCCUGAUGUCGUGGACCGAUCUGUUCAGCAAUGAAGAGUACUACCCUGCCUUUGAGCAUCAGACAGCCUGUGACUCCUACUGGACAUCGGUCCACCCCGAAUACUGGACUAAGCGUCACGUCUGGGAAUGGCUCCAGUUCUGCUGCGAUCAGUACAAGCUGGACGCCAACUGCAUCUCCUUCUGCCACUUCAACAUCAGCGGCCUACAGCUGUGCAGCAUGACGCAGGAGGAGUUCGUGGAGGCAGCCGGCAUCUGUGGGGAGUACCUGUACUUCAUCCUCCAGAACAUCCGCACGCAAGGCUACUCCUUUUUCAAUGACGCUGAAGAGACCAAGGCCGCCCUCAAAGACUAUGCUGAUUCCAAUUGCUUAAAAACAAGUGGCAUCAAGAGUCAAGACUGUCACAGUCAUAGUCGAACAAGCCUCCAAAGUUCUCAUCUAUGGGAAUUUGUGCGAGACCUCCUUCUAUCUCCUGAAGAAAACUGUGGCAUUCUGGAAUGGGAAGAUAGGGAACAAGGAAUUUUUCGGGUGGUUAAAUCAGAAGCCCUGGCGAAGAUGUGGGGACAAAGGAAGAAAAAUGACAGAAUGACGUAUGAAAAGUUGAGCAGAGCUCUGAGAUACUACUAUAAAACAGGAAUUCUGGAGCGGGUUGAUCGAAGGCUAGUGUACAAAUUUGGAAAAAAUGCACAUGGGUGGCAGGAAGACAAGCUAUGA